UAUAAAUGGUUUUGUAUAGUGGUUUUUUCAAUAUUUUAUUUCACAAUUGAAUUAUGAAUUUGCUCACGUGCUACAUAUAUAUGGUCUUUGAGUUUAAGUCGUCUAUUAAUUUUCUAUCUUCUUUCUCCAAUAAUUAAGUUAAUAAUAAUAAUAAUAAAAAAAAAAAUUCAUAGCUAUAUAAAUAGCCUCUUGCUCUGCAUAUUAGUUGUAUUCAACCAAAGUUGUCUAUUUAAUAAAUGUUUCUUUCUCUCUCUCUCUCAAAAUAUUGCUCUCUUCAACCAUAGUCUCUCCUGUUUCUAUACACUGAUCGAGUACACGUUAUGAUGAAACAUAAUCUUCAAGAGAGAGGUUUGUUCUCAUUGCGUCGAGAUGGAAGAGAAGAAGAUGAUAAUAAAGUGGAUAAAAUACUGAAUCCAUGGGCAGCAGACUCUCGACUAUGGAAUUUUAUAUUCUUAGCUUCAUGUCUAAUUGGAGUCUCAAUUGAUCCAUUGUUCCUCUACGUACCAAUUGUAGACGAUAAUCGAAAAUGCCUCAAAAGAGACUAUAAUAUGGAGAUCAUAGCUCUUGUUUUGCGAUCUGUUACUGAUUUGUUUUACGUUUUCCAUGUCUGUUUUCGGCUUCAUAAUGCCUUGAAAAUGUCCAAAGAACUUCAUGUAUCCAUUUUCACAAAUUUUCCGUGGUUUCAUCUUCUGAUCGAUAUUUUGUCCAUUCUUCCUCUUCCUCAGGUGGUAGUUUUACUAUACUUUUCCCAAAUUACAGGAUCAAGAUCUUUGAGUGGAAGAAAGUUCAUCAACUUAAUACUUCUUCUCCAAUAUGUGCCUCGUCUUCUUCGUGUGUACUUAACAGCUAAAGAGAUAGGAAAGGGUUUCGACUCACUCAUCAGUCAACGUGUAUGGGUCAGAUGUGCCUUCUUCUUUUUCGUCUACCUUAAUUUUGGUCAUGUUUUCGGAGCGUUUUGGUACUUCUAUUCAAUUUUUCGCGAGACAGCUUGCUGGCACGAAGCUUGUAAAUAUCACAUGCCAAAACAAUGUACACCUGGUCCUUUUGAUUGUAGUCUUGGAAUUGAAAGUCAUCCCAUAAAGAAUUUGACAAAGUUAAAUCAGUAUUGCCCAAUCAAUCCACCAGAUCCAAAAAUCUUCAAUUUUGGAAUGUUUUCGGGAGCUAUUGAGUCUCGCAUAGUCAACAAUACUGAUUUUCCCACGAAAUUCACUCGUAGUUUUUUCUGGGGCUUGAAAAAUUUGAGUUCUUUUGGUUCCAACCUUGACACAAGUGGCAAUAUUGUAGAAAACUUGUUCGCAAUUCUCAUUUCAAUCUUGGGUUUACUAUUAUUUUUAUAUCUUAUUGGAAAUUUGCAGACAUAUAUGCAGUUGGAAACUACAAAAUCAGAAGAGGAUAGGAAAAAGAUAAGCAUCAUACAACCAGAAAUAGAUUCUUAUCUCACAAACCAUGGCAUUCCAUCUCGAAAAAAGAAACUCAUCAACAAAUACCUAAGUCGAAAAAUUAGACAAGGCGAAGAUAUUGAUGUCAAAUAUCUCUUUUCUAUACUCGAGGAGCAUGCUGAUCAAGGCCAACACAAGAGUCAUGAGACAUUUGCAGCUUGGGUAACUAAAUUAUCGGAUAUGAAAAAGGAUGAGAGUAGUACAAUGGAGCAAAAGGUAGAGCUGUGGAUAUCAAAAAAUGGAAUCCCUAAUGAUUUAAAGUUGAAGAUUAAGAAAUAUGUCAAGUUUAAAUUGCAAGAAGGAAAAGAUAUAAAUAUUGAGCAUCUUAUGUAUAUUCUUCCUCCAACACUAAGAAUCUGUAUGACAGAGCACAUGUGUUUCUCUAUCUUGAAAAAAGUUCCAUCAUUCCGAAACAUAGAUGAAAAUGUUUAUGAAACGAUAUGCAAAUUUCUAAAGCCAGUUACAUAUUUGGAGAACAGUUAUAUUAUUCGAAAGGGAGAGCCUAUUGAUAUGGUGCUCUUCAUCACACAAGGUACUAUGUGGACAUUUGGAAAUGGCAUCAUUCCUAUGAAUCGCCUUCAAAAAGGCGACUACUAUGGAAAUGAACUCAUAGAAUGGCAAUUGAACUCAACAUUCUAUUAUGAGUUUCCAAUCUCGACUUGUAAUCUCAAAUCGCAUACUAAAGUUGAAGCCUUUGUUUUGAUGGCAAAUGACUUGGAACAUGUACUCUCGAGUUGUUGGUCUAAGUUCUCUAAAAGAUAUUCAACCAUUGAAGCUAUGUCUGAAGGCAUAAAAUUUUUUGCAGCUACUACUGUGCAACGAGGAUUUCAUCGUUACAUGAAAAAUAAAAAAGCACAACAGAAGACUAUACUCAACAUAUGUGUGAAUUGAUUAUAUCAGUCUUAAUUAGGGUUGUAAUAACGAACACAUACAUCGCUUAUGUUUCUUUGUUUCUUGGUUGUAAUAUUGGCCGUAUUGAUUUAGGGUUUCAUUUGUUGUUGCAGUUGCUCUUGUUUUAUGUUUAUUAUUCUUUUUUGUUUUGCACUUAAUAAUGUUUAUCUUGAGACUAGGGUUUCUUUUAUA